AUGACUGUAAAGUGUGAUGGGAAUUAUCCCACUUGCUCCCACUGCGAGAGAGCCAAGGUUCAGUGCGUUGGCUUAGAUCGAGACUCGGAGAUCGAGGUUCCUCGAAGUCUUGUUUACUACCUAGAAGAACUUGUUGCACAGCUGGAGCUUGAGCGAGGGCGUCUGGCAAGGAACCGGCCAGGGCCUGAGGGCACAACUUCGCAAUUUGAUGAUAUCCAACCGGACCCAUCGCUCUUCUCGGUCGAAACAGCAGCGGAGGAUCAUUUCAAGACUGCUUAUAAACUCGCAGCUAUAACAGCCAAGGAGAGCGCACCCGCGUGCUCUUUAGGAAACCGACCGCGACAUGUCUUGCCAUACCAUAAAGCCUUCUUCAUGAACGCCGAACUCCCCUUUCCCCUUGCCUUUGGGAGUCACCGCACAAUCGAUGUGCCCAAUCCUGCCAAUGGAUCAAGCUUCACUCAACUCCCAGACGAAGUUGCAGACAAACUUAUGGCUGUCUACCUCAAUCGCAUAUCACCUCAGUAUCCAAUCUUUUCGAGAGAGGACGUUAACGACAUAUUCCAGCGCUUUAAACUGUCUGUAAAUGAUUCUCAAAUGGUAACACCGGAUGAGCGUUUCAUCAUAUGGAUUAUUAUGGCUAUAGCUGUGCUCUCGUCUACUGCUGACGACUACCGGAAACUGGCCUCAGUCGCCGAGUCGUUGCGUCGGAAUGCUUUUAGCCAUUUCGACUUCGAAUUUCGAAAUAAUCAUGGAACAACUACUACAAUCCAACAGCUACUUCUCUUGUUGCAGUACGGAUUUCUACUUCCAUCCUCUACAAACCUGUGGCAAGUAGCUGGCGACGCGAUGAGAAUCGCUGUUGGGCUGGGCUUACACCAAGAUACUCCAGCCGAAAGUGGAUUUGACGAGGAGACGGCUCAUUCACGCAAGAAGUUGUUCUGGACACUCUACGCUUUUGAGAGAUCAAUCGCCAUCACGUCACACCGUCCGUACGCCAUUGCCGGGGACCAAAUUCACACGUCUUUUCUUGAUUCUCAAGACGUUCCGGAUACACCAGACGAGGCAAUUGGGAAGACACCGUAUAUCAGAUUCUUUGAUCGUGUGGAAAUUCUCCGAAUACAGUCGGAGAUAUGUUCGGUGAAUAUUGGGAUGCGACCUCUGCCAAACUCGCAUCUGACCCACGAAGCUUGGAUCGCUGACAUCGAGAGAAGGGUUUCUCAUGCUAUGGCUCAUGCGGCCAAUCCUGACUGGUGCAUGUUCAUGUCUAGGCACGCUACCUUGCUUCUUCAUAUGCCUUGUGCACGCAAUCCCACACCAUGCGAGCGCUCUAUCCUGAAGUACCUUGACGCGGCCGUCUGCACGGCUAGAGCCUACUGGGAUCUGAUCGAGUCAAACAACUUGGACUGUCCAUGGCAUGCAACCCAUCAUUGCUACGAGGCAGGGAACCUAAUCCUCUACAGUCUUUGGCAUUUUCGCGACCUCAUUAAGAGGCACUUUACAACCAAUCAAAUUUUUGAAGUUGUUCAUCAAAUAUCCGGAUUCUUCAUACUUGUUGCCACAAGAUGGGCAGCAGCUCAGCACUGCGGUUCACUUUUCGACCGACUACGAACCGGGGCUCUGAGCUUUUUCAGGGACGAAACCACUUCUGACCCUGAACAAAGCCUCGAGGCUCGGCAAUUGAGGGAGCUGGUCUUUAGGGAAAAUGCUGACCUUCUUUACGCCCGAGAACAGCCUUCACCCUCAGCAAUAGGUCCAUCGGCAUUUCCGACCGCCUUCCCCGAGUUCGAGAUUGACCAGUUACGAAUCAAGCGAGCUUAA